GUCGAUCAUUCCAAACUUUAUUAGACCGCGUAUCAAUUAGUAUAUAAAGGCACAGCUCAAAAUAUUUUACUCAAAUAUACAUGUAGUUAUACAACGCUGCACAGUUCUAUACUGUUAUCAACCACAACAAAACAGCAGCUUGAAACUUGGGAAUUUCAAACGAACGAAGAAAACAAACGUCGGACUAAGGCGAAAUUUCGUGCUUGUCCAAAUCCGCAAGAAAUAUUUCAACAGCAUGUCACGCUUUUUUAGCAUCGAUCGGCGUGAUAGCCAGGGAGAGAUUCGUUAUGCAUCUCAUUAUCUUUUCGUGGCAAAGACAAACGCAAACUCUUGAACUUGAGUGUAUUCCUUUAAGUUACAUCGCUUGCGUCGUAACCAGUUAGAAACGGUCAUUUUGUCGUAAGUGUUUUCCUCUGUAUAGUCGUAUAUAUCCCUCGCAUUUGUAAUCUAGUCUCGUCUCUUUCUAACAUCUCAACCCAACAACAGCAAAUCACCAAAUGCAUAUUAUUCUGUCUUCGUGUCUCUCACAGUACUUCUUGUCGAGCUGUAGGGUUCCCCCCGCUGUGCAUAUUCAAGAAAGUCGCGUCGAGGUGAGUAAAAAUCACGAACGUCUGUCCGACCUUAUGAGAGAUUUACGCGACUUAAACACUGCGUUUUGCGGUGCAUCCUUUCGUGUCCACAAAUUUUUGAGUCGUGUGGUCUCUCUACAAGUAUGUGCCUCAAUUGCCGCUUAUAACUCAAGAUCUGAUAUCUCAGAGUGUGAAUGGCAUUGCGGACACGACAAGGCGGAAUGAAUGCUAUCACUUUCUUUAAUGUAAUGAAAACUUGUACUGAUAAUAUUGUGAUUCUCUAAUUUCCAUUAGGUUACAACAACUCGAUCGUAGAGCACUACAGUUUCGU